AUGGUUAAGUCCAAUCACAAGCAAAAGCUUAUGCGUGAACUUCUUGGAUCCCAUGGAGAACUCGAUGAAAUUGUUAAUCGAAUCAGCAUUAGGGCUUGGAACGAGAUACCGGCUGAUGCCAUUGUCAAGUGCAUGGAAAUGGACUCUUUGGCUGGAAAUAUUCGAGAGUUGCAAUACGAUCCAGAAAAUCACAUCACAUUCGCAGCAUGGUAUGCCAGGUACGAGGACUUGUUUGCAAAGGAUGCGGAACGGCUCGACGACGAAGCCAAAGAUUUCACGUUCAUCGACACAGUGAAGAAACUGAAGAGACUUUUUGGCAUGAAAGAGUCCACAGUUAAGAAACGAUACUGUACAUUAACCGUCACGAAAGCCCCGACGGAGGACUAUGUUACGUUCGCUUGUCGGGUGAAUAAGAUGUGCGUGGAGUUCGAGUUGGCCAAAUUGACGGAAGAGCAUUUCAAAUGCCUCAUGUUCGUUUGCGGUCUGAAGUCGGAGUGCGAUGCGGAGGUACGCACCAGAUUGUUGACGAAAAUCGAAGACAACAACGAUGUCACCUUGGAAGCACUGAUGGAAGAGUGUCAGCGGUUGAUAAAUUUAAAGAGCGAUACUGCUAUGAUAGAAAGUCCUGGACGUGUUCAGAUCAUCAAGAGGAACUUUCAGCAACGGAAGCAGUACGGUAAGCGGUUCAGAGAUCGUCCAAAAGAAUCACCAAGAAAUGAAGAAGAACGCAAAAGUCCGGCAACUUCUUGCUGGAACUGUGGUGCGAUGCAUUUUUCUAACCACUGCGGUUUCAAGAGUCACAAGUGCGCCGACUGCAAACAGAUCGGCCAUAAAGAGGGCUAUUGCUCAAGCGCAAAGCGGUCUACGAAGGCAUCAAAAUAUCAGCCACGAAGGUUCUCCACCAAAACCGUUAUUGCAUCGGUCAGCAGCGUCGAAUGCAAGCGUCGUUACGUCGUCAGCGUCGUGUCCGAAAAGGUGUGGAAUCGGAUCGGCCAGCCAGCAGGUGUUCCUGCGAGUCAGACCGCCAAAUCAGCAUCGGGAGUACAACUGGACCUGCAGUGUGAGUUCGUCAGUGACGUCGAAAUCAAUGGUACGACGCAUAGCGGACGCAUCUUCGUUUCUACACAUCCAUUGAAUCUGCUCGGAAUCGAUCUCAUCGACAAGUUCCUGCUUUCGUCAUUACCAAUGGAUAAAUUUUGUAAUUUCGUCGGUGGUUCCAAUGAUAUCGUUUCUCUGCAGAAAGCGUACCCGAAGCUGUUCAGCGAGACGUUGGGGCUUUGCUCCAAAUCUAAAAUUCAACUUUCGCUGAAGGAAGCGUGUAAGCCAGUCUUUCGUCCAAGAAGGCCGGUUUCGUACGCUAUGUUGCCAACUGUGGACAAAGAACUAGACCGACUAGAGUCUCUGCAAAUUAUUUCACCAGUGGACUAUUCAGAGUGGGCGGCUCCAAUAGUCGUUGUGCGAAAGGCCAGUGGUAAUGUUCGCAUAUGUGGCAACUAUUCAACUGGAUUAAACGAUCGGCUCCAGUCACACCAGUAUCCCCUUCCGCUGCCACAAGACGUCAUUUCAAAGCUCUCUAAUUGUACAGUGUUCAGUCAGAUUGAUUUAUCUGAUGCUUUUCUUCAGAUGGAAGUGGAGGAAAGCUGCCGCCAACUACUCACCAUCAACACCCAUCGGGGACUGUAUCAGUACAACAGGUUGCCUCCUGGUGUCAAAGCUGCGCCGGGAGCAUUCCAGCAGCUGAUGGACACGAUGUUGGCCGGUCUUCCAUGUACUGCAGGCUACCUAGACGACGUGGUUGUGGGAGGCAAAGAUACUAACGAACAUCAGCGUAAUUUGCAUGCAGUGCUGCAGCGGAUUGAGGAAUUCGGAUUCACAACUCGGCCGGAAAAAUGCUCAUUUGGCCAGCAGCAAAUCCGUUACCUGGGUCAUAUCUUAGAUCGUCAUGGGCUUAGACCAGAUCCAGCUAAAAUCCAAGUCAUAAAGGACCUACCGCCAUCGAAGGACAUCACGGGAGUACGCUCCUUCCUGGGAGCCAUAAAUUAUUACGGAAAAUUUGUUCCAAACAUGCGGGCUCUCAGGUUUCCGCUAGAUCAGCUCCUGAAGGAUUCAUCAGCAUUUGUGUGGACGCGCGAGUGCCAGCAGGCGUUUGAAAAAUUCAAAAAAAUUUUGUCGUCAGAGCUGCUUUUAGCACAUUAUGACCCGAAGCAGGAAAUAAUUGUCUCGGCGGACGCAUCUUCCAUCGGCAUUGGGGCAACAAUAAGUCACAAGUAUCCUAAUGGCCACGUUAAAGUGAUUCAACAUGCAUCUCGUGCGCUUACACCGGUUGAACAGCGCUACUCGCAAAUUGACCGGGAAGGAUUGGCAAUAAUUUACGCUGUUACCAAAUUCCACAAAUUUAUCUUUGGGAGACGGUUUCGGCUUCAAACCGACCAUGCACCGCUUCUCAGAAUUUUCGGGUCCAAAAAAGGGAUUCCGAUCUAUACAGCCAAUCGCCUUCAACGGUGGGCAUUAUCGUUGCUCUCCUACGAUUUUUCGAUCGAGUACAUUCAGAGUGACAAGUUCGGCAAUGCUGACGUUUUGUCCCGUCUUAUCGACCAACACACCAAACCGGAUGAGGACGUCAUAAUUGCAUGUACCACCUUGGAAGAAGAUUUGAGGUCAGUAGCAAUCGAUAGUACUAAUCAACUACCUCUCAGUUUUAGUAUGGUUGAAAAAGCAACGGCAUGUGAUCCGUUGCUUCGAAAAGUUCACCGCUUCAUCCGUGAGGGCUGGCCCAAAUCUAGGUCGGAAGUUAAAGAUUGGGAGAUGUCUCGGUUCUUCGAUCGCCAGGAAGCUCUGUCAGUCGUUCAAGGCAGCAUAAUGUUCGGCGACAGACUGGUAAUCCCGGCUGCCUUCCGGAGGCGGUGCCUCAACCAACUACACAGGGGCCAUCCAGGCGUACAGCGUAUGAAGGCCAUCUCACGUAGCUUCGUGUACUGGCCGGGACUUGACGAAGAGAUUGUGAGCUUCGUUAAGGGUUGUCAUCACUGCGCAUCUGUAGCACGGUCCCCUCCGAAAGCGGAACCGGAGUCGUGGCAUUCCACAACGGCUCCUUGGCAGCGAGUCCAUGCAGACUACGCGGGCCCUCUGGACGGAGAAUAUUAUUUGCUAGUCAUCGAUGCGCACACCAAGUGGCCAGAGAUCUUCCCGACAAAACAAAUAACAUCGAAGGCCAGGAUCAAUCUAUUGCGUACGUUGUUUGCAAACAAGGGCAUGCCGGAGAUUCUCGUGACCGAUAACGGAACGCAAUUUAAGAGUGCUGAGUUCAGUGAGUUAUGCUGCGAGAACGGAAUCCGGCACACAACAACGGCUCCAUUUCAUCCGCAAUCGAACGGCCAAGCUAAAAGAUUUGUGGAUACUUUCAAGCGGGCCGUUAAAAAAAUUCAGGAGGGAGAAGGCUCGAUAAGGCAAGCACUGGACAUUUUCCUCCUCACUUACCGUUCCACGCCGAAUCCAAAUGUUCCAGGAGGGAAAUCCCCAGCAGAGGCGAUGUAUAACCGACCGUUGAGAACAUCGCUAGACCUUCUACGUCCACCGUCGACCCCAGAACCAUCAUCAAACCGCCAGGGUACAUCCACCGCGCGGUCUUUCAGUCCGAAAGAUUCCGUAUAUGCAAAAAUAUAUGCCAACAACAAAUGGUCUUGGAUUCCUGGAACUGUAGUAGAAAGAAUCGGCACAGUUAUGUAUAAUAUCUGGGUGGAAAACAAGAAAUUAGUUAGGUCACACAUCAACCAGCUCAGAGAACGAUCUGCUACGGGAACAACAACAAAGGAGCAGACUAAGCAAGGUCUGCCGCUCAACAUUUUGCUCGAUGAGUGGAAGCUAUCAGCAGCAUCCCCGUCUGCUCACCACUUGUCGGAAGCGGAAGUCAUCGAACAAACUCAAUCCACGCUAGUUCGUCCAUCAUCCCCAACAUCACCAAAUAGCAUCCGAUCAGCGACAUCUUCUUCUUCAUCACCAUCGACGGCAUUGAGUCUACCGUUGAAAAUUCACCUAUGGUUCAGCUACCUCGGCGAUCUUCUCGAACCAGAAGACCACCGCAAUGGUUCCAGGGAAACUAAAGGUUCUAGGAGGGAGAUGUUGGAGACAACUGGCAAUACCACAGAGGAUCUACCACUUGGGCUCGCCAGUGACAGAUUCAACUGUCAUUUGUAUCGACGUCACGAGUGA